AUGCCAAACGUGGGCGUUGGUAUCAGACAUCAGAUGUUUUGUGCUUUUAAGGCCGCUGGAACGUAUGAAGUACAUGAGCGAGAAAUCUUUUUUUAUCUUAAGAUUCGAGCGUGCAUUUUCACCGCUUUCAUUGUCGUAAUGAUUUCUGUAUAUCAGCACGACCCAACUAGACACACAAUACCUAACGAUGAAGAUUUCAUGGACAGAAUAUUUUGGGUAGACGUCAUCUCUCCUGGUGGUCAUUCCGGUAAGGAAGAACAUUCGGUCAGGUGGACACUUUCUUCGUGUGUGACGUUGGGCAAGUACUCAUUUUUGCAUGUGUAUAACGCGUUUCAAAAAAUUGAAGCUCUCCAUGCUGUGACAACUUAUCAGCUUGGAGGUAUAAAGGCGUAG